GUCGCGUUCGUGUAAGACAAAAAGCGAGGCUCGUGAUACAUCUACUUAUAUAAACCGUCCAUCCCUUUUCAAGAACCAAGCUUUUACAAGAACAAACCAAGACCAACCAAGAAUUCCAAUCAGUCAGUCAGUCAGCAAAAAUGCGCGUCGGAAACAGAGUCAAGCACAUCUUCAGCUUCUCAUUUACGAAUCGUCGACCUAAUCGGUCAACGUGGAAAGAGAAAUCCCCCGUCGCCGUCACCGAUGAUUCCUCCUCCUCCUCCUACUCAAACGACUCAGACUCCGACGAUGCGAUUCACAUCUCCGAAGACGAAGGCUCGGAUCCCUCAGAUGUCGACGACGAUGACGACGAGUAUGCAUCGCCAAGUAAACGCGUGCGGAUAAUCAGCUGGAGACUUGAUAAUAAUAAGAUGGUUCCGGGACGGUGUCGGUGGACGCUGGAACAGGAGAAACGGUUACAAGCUGCGCAGCAGCAGUUGGCGAGGUGUCAGAAGGCGUGGAGUUCGGAGCAGGAGGUUUGGUUGAAGCAUAUCGAAAAACUGCACGAAGAAAAAGCCGCACAUGAGGACUUUGUACAUCUCCGCGCGAAACAGCAACAAGAUGAACGUGUCCAUUUCCGGAAGGCAUUGAAGCGUAGGGAACAGGAGCAGGGGGAUUCAGGGACAACGAGUGAUGAGGAUGAAGAAGGUCUACGGAGGAAUCAGAGUUUGAGUCGGUUGAGGCGGUUACGGAGGUUUUCAUGAUUUUAUGUUUUCUUUUUAUUAGAACAUAGCAUUACAGAUUGCAUGUGCAUAGUUUAGAAUGUCUAUAUUCGGCAUCGCUGACCCAAGUAUUACUGAAUGAUGUCUGACAACUAGGGUAUACCCCACGGGGCAGCAGUAACAAUGGAACAUCCCCUCGCUAGACAAGCAUUUCAAUGCCGGAGAAAAGCCGUCAAUGGCAGAUGUCAUGUUUCCG